AUGGAACUAUUACAGAAUGCGUUAAAGAUUUCACCAGACAACGCUGCUUGUAGAUUCUAUCGUGCUCGUUUGCUGUAUGAAAUGCAUGAUUAUGCGCGGUGUCUGGAAGAAUUAAAUGAUCUAAAACUUAUUGCUCACGAUGAAGCACAGGUAUUUUUCCUCUUGGGUCGCGUGCAUAAGAAGCUUGGUGACACACAUUUAGCGUUAUUAAACUUUAGUUUGGCGGCAGAAAUGGAUCCUCGUGGAGAGCAGAGUCGCAAUAACUUUACCGAUGCUCCUUAUGAUGACGAACCUUCCUCUCCUCCAUCUGAAUGA